AGAAAUUGAGUUCUAAUUUUAAUUUUGAUGGUUUUUUUUUUUAAAAAAAAGUAAUUCGAUUUAGUUAUAGCAAUCUUCCUUCCUUAUCACCGUGGGGAGCCGGCAGCGUAUUCGGGUCCCGUCAUCUUAAACCCUUCUAUCCAAGUUAAGGUUUUUCUUUCGCUGGAGCUGACGACCCUCCCAUCAAAUUUUCAGAUUUUCUCAUGUGUUAUAGUGUCUGAGAAGAAACCCUCCUUCCAAAUUUGUGUAUCCUUCAUCGAAAGCUUCAAUUGAGGUCCAACUAUGGCGACCCACCUGCUUUCUCCGCCCACUCACUUUCAAACUUCCAUUAAAAUGGCCCUUCACGCCCCGUUUCUUCUAGCUCCCAGUUGUCGGUCUCCAGAAUGCAGCCACAUAGUGAGUUUAAAACCACAUAAAAGAUUUCAGAAUGCUAGAUCAGUGGUCUCUUGUGCUAUGAAUAUGACUGCAGGACAGUCAGAUGAUUCAGGAAGGGUAAAUUGGGAUAGUUUGAAGAACAAGGUAGAACAGCUUUGGGAUACUUCACCAGAGCCAGUGAAGUCUUUCCCUUGGAACGAGGCAUUGGAUAACUUCAUCCAGCUUAUUGCUGACCUCAUCUUGACGGUUAUCAAGUACUUGUCUGUACCAUUACUCCUCGUAACCUCCCUUAGCGAGAUGUCUUACUGUGCUCAUGAAAAGAAGCUUCUUAUUGUCCCAUUUCCAUUUAUAAUUGGCUUCUCCGUUGCUGAGGUCAUGAGACAGACAGCUUUAAGUCUAUCUCCAAUUCUUAAGGAUCUAGAAGUACCUUGGCAUUUGAUCACAAUUGCAAUAUUCUUCACCCUCAUUAAACUGCCCGGACCAUACUUUCCAUAUUGGGGUCGCAUAUUCAUUCCUCAUUUGGCAAAUGGAGGUUUGGUCAGAACUUUAUGGUCUUUUUUUCUCUGGUUUAGAAGACCCCAGAAGACAUCGAUGUUGCUGAAGCAUAAUGAGAAUCACUUGGAUACAAAGAAGAAUUAAUCGAAAUCGCAUAAACAGUGGACCAGAUGACAUUGCUGGCUUCAUCAGAAUGAAGUGAUUGAUCGAGCAAACUGGUCGAUAGCGUCAUUUAGCGUGAGACUGAUUGUGCUUCAUCAAAGGCAUCAUUUUCCUGAUAAACAGUUCCUUAUAAGCUUUAAAUGAAACCCAAUGUAAUGCCAAUUUUCUCAAAAUUUUCUUUCUUUCAUGUAUGUAGCACAGAAAGUAUUGGAGGUUGGUUUUACACUUCAAUUCCUUCCUAAACUUUAAGAAAAUUAGUAAGGAUGGUGUGUGAGAAUAAUUGUAUAACCGCUUAUUGUAGGGCGAGAGAUUGAACGCUCAACCAUUGAUAUAAUGAUAGGUGUCAUCAUCUCCAA